AUGGCAACUAAUUACUUUGGCGGGAAACUUAUGGCAGCAUGGAAACGAAUGGGGAGGAAAUUUUGCAAAGGCUUCAAAGAGAUCUCAAUUGUCUCUCAGACCAAAACAAGACUACAAGAAGGCGCUCUAUUGAAAAGAUAAGGAAAGAAAUUGGCAGCCAUGUUUCUGCUCCACCUCUCCUCCAUUGGCUGCUGGAUAAUGGCCUACUCAAGCCUCUACUUAAACUAUUCACCGACCCAGCUGAGAAAUGCAGGGAACUAGCCAUUAACUCUGUACAAGAAGCAAUGGUGGGUGUGUCUGACCACGCCCAUUUCCUUCCACUUAUAAUUCCAAUUAUUGUCGCAAGAUUGGGUAUUCCAGACAUAACAGAACCAUCUGAAGAAAUACGGCUUUUACUCGUGAGUUUCCUUGUUAAACUAUUGGAGUUAUGUGGGAAGGAUUUUACUCCUUAUCUCCAUGAUAUGGUAACAAUAUUACGAUAUACACUAAUUGAUCCAUACCCUGAAGUGAAAAAGGAAAGUUGUACUUGUACCAUUAAAUUAGCUAAGUCAGUUCCAGCUGUCUUUAAUCAAGAAAGCGAAAUAAUCGUCAAAUCGCUAUUGCAAUCAAUCGGUCAUCAACACUCCAAAGUUAGAAUAGCAAUCAUCAAGGCCCUAGGAUCAGCCAUACAGUAUGGUUCAGCCACUCCCAUUAAUGAUUGCUUGCCUGGAUUAGCUCAGAGACUGUGUGACAGUAAUCCGUCAGUUCGUUUGUGCUGUAUCAGAAUAAUAGGAGACUGGCUAGUGGAACUACCUGAUAGAUAUUCGUAUCAUCAUAAAUUGAUUCCGUUAUUACUAACUGGUUUAACUGACGAAUUGGAUGAAAUUAAAGAAACUGCCCACAAGCUAUGGACACAAGUAGGUGCAAGCUAUGAGAGAGAGAAUGAAGACGACUUAAAAGAUAAAAUGGAUUUCGCUCAGUUGAAAGAUCCUUUCCCAUCUUUAGAAUUCAAGAGACCUCCUCUUGGCUGUAGAAUACUUGUCUAUAGAAACUUCUCAAAGAUCUUCCCGGCGAUAUUGAGAGACCUCAAAGACUGGACUGUCAACAGUCGUAUCAAGGCCUCGCAGCUCCUCCAGAGUCUCUUGUAUCACAUGGAGGACUCCAUCACUCAUCACAUACAGCUGGUUCUUGAUGGACUUUAUAAAUCAAGUCAAGAUGAAGAGAAGAGCGUCAUUGAAUGGACUUGCAAAUCAGCUCAGAUCAUAGGUUAUUAUGUUUCUCCUGAGAUUUGGUGUCACCUUGUUUUACCAGCUGUGCGUACCUCUGGAGGUUGUCCUACUAAUGGAGAGGGAUCAGCAGUACCUGUUGGUCCGGUUCAGUGUACCGGUUGUUUGAUGGUUCUCUGUCAUCUACUGAAAGGGAGCAUUAAUGAACUUGUAGAACCUUAUUUAAAAGAUAUAUCUCUUUGUCUGGCUGAGCCUGAUCUAACCCAAUCUUGCCACACUCCAUUACUGGAUCAACUGCUUGCUUGUAUAUCUCAAGUCAUACACAUCUCUUCUCCUCUCUUGUCUUCUCUCUCUAUUCAUUUAUUUAUUGUUUUGCUUCGACUCUCUUCCACUUCUUCUCUUGAUCCUGUCAAAGCUGUCAUGAUUGGUUUAGCUGAUAAGAUGUCUUUGGAUAAUGUUGGUUGCUUAUACUCGCGGCAUAUGACAGAGAUAGUAGCCAUCUUGAAAGUUGAUUAUAAGGUUUGGUCUCUGAAUUCUCCAAAUUGCAAGCUUUGUCUGAGCUUCCUGUCCUGUGACAAUAUACUCAGUACAUUAGACAAUGAAGCAAUGGAGGAACUGAUACUGAUCCUCUCGCACUGCACUGAUCCUGAGCAAGAACCAGAACUAAGACUGAAGUUUAUCACAGUUCUCAUUAAAUGUUUGGUUGAUGUCUCCACUUCACAACACAAUCAGUUAUUACAGUCUCACUCAACUUCAAUCAUUAAGAAUAUCAUUGUACCUUCUUGCAUCUGGAAAGCAGGAAGGACAGCAGCUGCUAUAAGAACAGCUGCACUCUCCGGAGCUCAAGCUCUCCUUCAUUCCUCUCUCUUAUCUCCUGAUCAGAUCCAAUCACUUCUUCCUCAUUUCCUACCACAAGUCUUGUCUUGUCUUGAUGACGAUAAUUCUUCCACUCGUCUUGUCUCCUGUAAAGUCCUUGGGCUUUUACUACAAUCGGCACCGAAAGCCCAAUCAAUUGAUGAACUCCAUCAGUUAUACAGUCACUUAUUGAAGAGGUUGGAUGAUAGCUCUGACACUAUAAGAAAUGAAUGCUCAAGUUGCCUCAUUUCUUAUUUCAAUUGUUUCCCUAUGCCUUACGACUCUGAUCUAUACAAGGCCCACACUGAAGCUAUCUAUGCUGCAUUACUGAUUCACCUUGAUGAUCCUUCUGAUAUGAUACAAUCAUCAAUUCUUGGUGUCUUGGAGUCUGCUUCAAGACUCAAUCCAUCUUUGCUAAUGGAGAUGACAGAGAAAGUGAAGAGCAAGCAUAGAACAACAAAAUAUUGUGAUAAAUUGUUGGCACAUCUUUCACAGAAAAGUAAAUAAAUGUGAUGAGUGCUUGUACAUGUACAGUAUAUGUGAAAAGGAAUGAGAAACAUAUAAAGAACAAUGAACAUUAAAUUAUUAACACAUAAUGGUAAAUUAAUCAUUAUAAUCUUUUGCACUGUAUGGUAGAAUUAUAAUCUGCUUCAAUGGAAGAUGCAGUUAAACAUGUUAAUAAUUAUUAUUUAUUUUUGUAAUUUUAUCAGUCUUUCUCGUACACAACAA